GGUCAGAACUCUAAUAGUUGGCCAUCACCGCACCAGAUGCGACGGUGUGGAUCGUUUUGAGAAAUCAUGGAUGAAAUAGAACUAUCAGAUAUCAAGUAUUCCCAUUUAAAUGAUGAUAGGAAAGAAGCAAUAGAAAAUGGUCAUCAUGAAUCAGAACAUGCAUGCCUACUUGAUUCGGAAAAUGAUGAUGAGAAAGAGUACACCGUUGAGGAAGCAAUUGAUGCCCUUGGGUUUGGUUGGUUCCAAAUCAGAACUGCCAGCAUUGUUGGGUUUCAUAGUAUGGCUGAUGCAUUUGAGAUAAUGCUGGUUAGCGUGCUCUCUAACAAACUCAAGUGUGAAUGGAGACUGUCGUCAUGGCAACAGGCGCUCUUCACCACCGUGGUGUUCGGAGGUUAUUUCUUGAGCGCUCCGCUGUGGGGUCUGAUCGCAGAUAGACUGGGCAGGAGAUCAACACUUGGUUUAUGUUCAUUCUACAUUUUCUACUUCGGAGCUUUGAGUUCGUUAUCACCCAGUUAUUUAUGGCUUCUCUUCUUGCGAGGACUGGUCGGGUUUGGAUUAGGAGGGGCAUCUCAGGGAGUGACAAUUUUAGCAGAAUUCUUACCCUCGAAGACAAGAGGACUGUGUAUUGCAUUUCUCUCUGUGUUUUGGGUAACAGGAGUAUGCCUCCAGGUGGUGCUAUCAUUGAUUGUAAUGCCUUGGCUGGGAUGGCGAUACCUCAUGUUCUUUUCAUCCUUUCCACUCUUUUUCUUCUUUUUACUGCUGAAGUUUGUUCCCGAGAGCAUCCUAUUCCAGCAAGGGACUGGAAAUCUCGAGGGUGCCAUGGCAACGCUUAAAGUGAUAUCUCAACUGAAUGGGAGGCCGUUACCUCCUGGGCGUCUCAAAAGUAAUAUUGAAAUCAAACCAAAAGGAAAGCUUGCAGAACUUUUUAAAAGCAGAGAUUAUACACUAUCCACCUGCAUUUUAUUACUGAUAUGGUUUUCUAUGGCCUUUUUAUACUAUGGUAUGGUUCUUAUGGCCACUGAAUUAUUUUCAUCAGGGAAUACUUGCGCAUCUGAACCCGAGGCGGCAAUUGAAUGUUUUGCUGCUUGCAGAUCACUUGAUAAAAAAGGAUAUCUUCAAAUUCUUGUCACAUCCUUGGCAGAAUACCCAGGAAGUAUCAUGACAUUCAUAAUUAUUGAGUGGUUUGGAAGGAGGAAAACAAUGAGCUUUGAAUUAUUGAUCGGCAGUAUAUUCUCUUUCCUGCUAUUCCUAUGCACAUCAAGUAAUAUACAAAUGAUCUUCAUCUUCGUAGUACGAGCAAUGAUAGCUGGUUCCUUCCAAACGCUAUAUGUUUAUACACCAGAGGUUUAUCCAACCCAUGUUAGAGCAUUAAGUCUUGGCGUGUGUGUGUCAUCAUCAAGAAUAGGAGCCAUUCUUACUCCAUUUGUAGCCCAGGUAAUGAUAAAAACAUCUGUGCUGACUGCCAUAGGUGUGUACGCAGGCUUCUGCCUCCUCUCUUGCCUGGUGUCAUUGUUUCUACCCAUUGAAACAAAAGGAAAGAUUCUCAAAUAAUAUAUGAAAACAUCUUGUCCCAUAUUCUUAAGUCAGGGUUAAUUUAAACUCAGGUCUAAAGUUGUGGUUUAUUUAUCAAUAACCAUCUGGGACAUAAAUUUCACAAAUUAUUGACAACUCCACUGGAAAGUUCAGGUCGGAUCCCGGUGUGUUUACUUUUCAUCCCAUUUCACGUCAUGGUGAAAUGGGGUUCACCGGGUAUAAAAGGACUGCUGAUCCCAUUGUUCUAUGAAGUGAAAACAUGUUUUAUGUAUGUUCUUGAAAUGGUAAAAAAAAGGUGAUUUUGUUCGUAAAAUUUAACUUGGAAUGCAGAAAUGGAAGGUUUUUUUUUUGUUGUUUGUUUUCAAAGGUUAAUUUGUACCCGUUUUCAUGUAAAAAUAAAAAGGGGAGUUUUCGAAAUUGCGAAGAAUGUACUUCAAACAACACGAAAAAAGGGGUAAUUUAUGACUUGGGGUACGAUCAUGCAUUAUGCCGUUGAAUAGGAAGUGACGCCGUUGGGGACAUCUCUUGAUGGAUUUCAUGGAAGUUGUCAACAGUGACUUAGAACUGUCAGCUCCUCUCACAAUUUGAGUUAAACCCUUGGCUGAAAAGCUCUAGUGUAUUAUGGCUGUGUCUAUAAUGGUACGUAGUAGUAGUAAAUCCAAAGUUUUGAAUCCGGUUUUGUCCAUUGGAAUAGUAUGUCAAGGUCAGUUUCUUAGACUCUCAUUUCAGGGUUUUGUAAGGCACACCCCCAUCAAAAUAUAAUCUGAGUGCCCCCUCCCUGGCCCCCCUGGGUAAGUCACCAGGGAAGGUUCUCUAUUGUUAAAAAACAGUAAUUUUGAUUCGAAACAAGCAAAAUUAUAAAAUUAGCUUAUCUGAAAAGAGCAAUCCUCCUUUAUACAUGUUUUGUCAAAAUUUCAAGUUUAGUUGAAGAGAAAACAAUUUUGUAAAGCAAGUUUUUGCGGAUUGCUUGGAAGUUUCAGUGAGAUUGCAAAAUGUGUGAUCUCAUGCUCAAGGAAAUCCUGAACCUCAAUUGUUGGUUUCUCAUUAUUUUUUUAAGUUCUCCCUUGAAGCUCUUCACAAGGUUAUAAUUGGUAGAUUUUGACAAGUACUGUAUCAUUUAAUUUUUUUUAUUUUUACCAAACUCAAUAAAAAUCUUUAAAAAAUCACUUUCGGCAAUGAAUCAAGAACCUUGUGGGAUA